UGUUGUACUGUACAUCAAUAGGAACGCUAUAUAGCAUUAGAUUAAAAACUAUAAAGACGCCGGAAAUGCAGUUUCUGGAGUGGCCACGCCGCGGUGUGGUGUGUGGUUGACCCAUGAUCACGUAAAGUGACCAACAAUCCGCUGAGCAUAGUGCCCUGCCCAGUGCCCAUACGGAAGGAACAACAAUGAAUUACUCCCGGUUUCUGACAGCAGUCAGCGCUGCUAGGAAGCCCUCCCCGAUCCGAUUGCUCACCGAGAUCCAGCAGCGCUCGCCCCCUUCAAUGAUCUCAUUGGCCGGUGGAGCCCCCAACCCCAACACCUUCCCCUUCCGCUCGGCCUCCUUCACCAUGAACGACGGCUCCACUUUUUCCUUCGACGAGUCGCUGAUGAAGAGGGCCUUGCAGUAUUCGGCCUCAAGCGGGAUCCCAGAGCUGGUGGCCUGGAUGAAGAAGCUUCAGCGGGACCUCCACAACCCGCCCAGCGUGAGCUACAGCCCGGAGAGGGGUCAGAUGGACCUGUGUGUCACCACGGGCAGCCAGGAGGGCCUCUGCAAGGUGUUUGAGAUGCUGGUGAACCCUGGGGACAACGUGCUGUUGGACGCGCCCACGUACUCUGGCACGCUGGCUGCGCUCCAGCCGCUGGGCUGCAACCUGAUCAACGUGGCGAGCGACGAGCACGGCAUGGUGCCGGCGGCCCUGAAGGAGGUGCUCUCCCGCUGGGACCCCGCCGAGGUGCACCAGCCGGGCAGCACGGCCCCCCGGCUCCUCUACACCAUCCCCAACGGGGGGAACCCCACCGGCGCCUCCAUGACCACGCAGCGCAAACAGGAAGUGUACGAGCUGGCCAGGCUGUACGACAUGCUCAUCAUCGAGGACGACCCCUACUUCUUCCUGCAGUUCGACAAGCCCUGGGCCCCCUCCCUCCUCUCCAUGGACGUGGACGCGCGGAUCAUACGCACCGACUCCUUCUCCAAGAUCCUGUCGUCGGGCCUGAGGAUAGGCUUCGUGACGGGGCCUGCGCCUCUGGUCAAAAGGGUGGAGCUCCACAUCCAGGCCUCCACCAUGCACACCAGCACCUUCACUCAGCUCAUGGUCUCUGAGCUGGUGCACAGCUGGGGCCAAGAGGGCUUCCUCAAGCACAUAGAUGGGGUCAUUGAGUUCUACAGCAAGCAGCGAGACGCCAUGAUGUCCUCAGCGGACAAGUGGCUGAAAGAUGUAGCGGAAUGGCACGCCCCCUCUGCAGGCAUGUUCCUGUGGAUCAAGCUGAAGGGCAUCGCCGACACCCAGCAGCUUAUCAUGGAGAAGGCCAUCGAGAAAGAGGUGUUAAUGGUUCCUGGGGGCGUGUUCAUGAUUGACAGCUCCAAGCCCUGCCCCUACGUGAGAGCGGCCUUCUCCCUCUCCACACCACAACAGAUAGACGAGGCCUUCAGGAGGCUGUCCCUGCUCAUCAGAGAGGCUCAGUGACGACCGAGGCCCACUGGGAGAGGAAGUACUCGUCCCUGGGGGGGCUGGGGAUCUAUUUCUGGCUGAUGAUGUUUGGUGUAAUGUAGCAUGGGCAAAGUGGUACAAUGACAACAAAACAUAUGGGAGAAGAGAAAGGGAUGUUCUUUUCACUGUUGUUGGGGUCCUGCUGUUAUUACACAGGAUUUUCUUGAAGGUUUUUUAAAGUAAACAAUGCGUGGCAUUGAUACGGCAGAAUGCCAUUGAUUAUGAAUGUGACUGUGUGAUUUGUGUGGUAAAGCUCAGUAUGUACGGGAGACCGUAUAGACCAAUACCAGUCAUUGAUAGCUGUAAGGAGGCGGGAUUUGUGGGAAUACGGUUUGGGGAUGUCUUUUUUUAUUGUUAACGUACACAAAAAUAAUCUCACUCGAGAUCUUAGCUAAUAAACUUCCUCUCGCAAACACUCGAGCAAUACACUACACUGUCAGAAAGGUAAACAAGUGUUGUAUCAUGUUUGUUUAUAACUCAGGAUUCCAUCUUGUCCUCUGAUAACAAUCGGACGCUUGUGACAAUCUAGCACUGUGUUUCUGAGAUGAAUUUAGGGGAAAACUAACACAUUUUAAUCAUCGCCCGGUUGGAAUCUUGGCAGUGUGGACAGAUAACACAGGACGACAUGUCCUUUGUGCUUUCAUUCACCCUUCUUGACAGAGCUCCUGAAAUACUCUUGCUCAGCCGAGAGGAAGGAUACCAUAGCCUCUAAAAUACUGAUGAAACGCCCAAACUCUACAACACAUGAAUUACCCAAUAAUAAUGAAUUGAAUACAUUGAAUGGCAUUAUGUCUGUGUACACUGCUGAUGAAUAAAAAAGAAAAGAAAAGUGAAUUUUGA